AGACUUCGUUGUUCUUUUUGACAAAGUCACCAAAGACCGAAGAGGGCUGGAGGGGAAGCAUGUUCGAUUGGACCGCGUGCCCGUAUGUUCUUGCAUUAAAGUCAAAAGACAUAAGGAAACGUCGGAUGAAAGUAUAGCUCUUUACUUUGCAAACAUGAGAAGGAGUGGAGGGGGCCCUGUCAGCCUUGUGGAACGAAUAGGAAAAGACCAAGUCUUGGUGCAUUUUGAGAAUCCAUCCAGUAAGUAGAACUAAAUAGAAAUUUAGAACUUACUGAAAAGUUUGUGGAAGCUGUUUUUAGAUGACGGCUGUAAUUUUUUGUCACCGGAGGAGGAUGGAGCCUGGUCACCUUGUGGACAGAAGACUUUAGCCCAUCUCAUCUUCCUUCUCCUUCUAGAUCCUCUAUAGAGAAAUGUUCACUGUAUAUUUCGCAAUGAGUGGAAGUCGGGAAAAUAUAAAUUUUGAUGAAAAACGUGAGGCUCAGUAUUGCCGAGGCUUUUUCAAAGUGUCCGACUACAAUUGACACUGAGCAUGCAUGAACACUGUGACAGCUUACCUUAACUGGAAGAAAUCUAAAGCUGAGAUUUUUUCCACGAUUGUGUUUAAUAUGUGGUCACCUCUUUAAUAAUUAUCUUGUUUUGGAUUCAGGCGUCGAGACCGUUAUCAAAAGAAGUCAUGUCCUUGAACGACAACAGUUGGACGUAAAACCCUACUAUCCUUUUCUGGAGAAUUGAACAACAAACAAAACCGAUAUUGCUCAGUUUUGAAGCAGAAGUGUAUGAUUAUGUCAAGAAGUACCACCAACGAGAAUUACAAGAACAGAAGGUACUGGUUGAAUUUUCAGAUGACGCUC